UAAUAAUGGGAGUUGUAGUAUUUUCUUACCCAGUUGGUGGCAAUUCAACGGUACGCCUUGGAAGAAACUUUCAAGAUUUUCGUCUGAGAGAAAAUCAAACGGUUAGCUUGGGCUGUGCUGUGGAGAACCCUGUCGCCUGUCCUGAAGGCAGUGUUCCUCUCUCUCCGUAGCCGCUUGACCUCCCAGUUCAUCCGGGGCUUCUGGUUGGGGUAGACCCUGGAGCCAGGAUCAGGGAAGGUAGGGGACCUGGACAUGCCCCCACACCCACCAAGGAUGCACUGAACCGGGAAACAUCUGCUGAACUGCCCCCUUCAACACAGAUAUGGCCUCAGCGACGUCUGGUCUGGGACCAGCCUCUCUGGGCUCCCAGGUUCAUGCUGCAGCUGUCAAUGGAAACAGGAGUGCACUCCUCAAACUCAUCACAGCAGAGCCCUCACUGCGGGACCGUGAGGACCAGUUUGGCCGUACCCCUUUAAUGUACUGUGUGCUAGCUGACCGCCUGGAUUGUGCAGAGAUUCUUUUGAAGGCUGGGGCUUCGGUCAACAAGGCCGACCACAGCCAGCGCACCGCUCUGCACCUUGCAGCACAGAAGGGGAAUGUGCGUUUCCUGAAACUGCUGCUGUCUAGGCGUGCUAACUGGUUGCAGAAAGAUUUAGAGGGAAUGACCCCGCUCCACCUGGCCACCCGACACCCCUCCCCAAAAGCCCUCGCCCUGCUGCUCAAACACAUCGGGCCAGGAGAGGUUGACACACAAGACAAAAAUAAGCAAACUGCUCUCCACUGGUCAGCGUUUUAUAACCGACCAGAACACGUUCGCCUUCUGAUCAAGCAUGAUUCCAACAUUGGCAUCCCAGACAGCGAAGGCAAGAUCCCACUGCACUGGGCCGCGCACAGUCAGGAGCCCAGCGCCACACAAACUGUCCGCUGUAUACUGGAGGCAGCUCCCACCGAGUCCCUGUUGAACUGGCAGGACUACGAGGGGCGGACGCCUCUGCACUUUGCUGUUGCCGAUGGUAACGAGGCAGUGGUGGAGGUGCUAACAUCUUACCAGGGCUGUAAUGUGACAGCUUACGAUAACCUCUUCAGAACACCGCUGCACUGGGCUGCUCUGCUCGGCCAUGCAAAAAUUGUGCACCUGCUGCUUGAGAGAAACACAUCAGGCACUAUUCCCUCAGAUAGCCAAGGAGCAACACCUCUGCACUACGGGGCUCAGAGCAACAAUGCGGAGACAGUGGGUGUGUUUCUGUCCCACCCCUCGGUGAAGGAUGAACCUGACCUGGAGGGACGGACAGCCUUCAUGUGGGCUGCUGGGAAGGGCAGUGAUGACGUCAUCUGCACCAUGCUGGCCCUAACCCCUCAUAUUGAUAUCAGCAUGGCUGACAAGUACGGAGGCACCGCACUCCAUGCAGCCUCCCUGUCAGGCCAUGUGAGUACAGUGAAGCUGCUGCUGGAGAAAGGAGCGAUGGUCGACUCUCUGGAUGUGAUGAAACACACGCCGCUGUUUCGCGCCUGCGAGAUGGGACACAGAGAUGUCAUACUCACACUCAUCAAAGGUUCUGCACAAGUGGACCUAGUAGAUGUGGAUGGUCACACUGCUCUGCACUGGGCAGCUCUAGGAGGUAAUGCUGAAGUCUGCCAGAUACUGAUGGAGAACGGGAUUAGUCCUAAUGUACAGGACCAGGCAGGACGGACUCCUCUGCAGUGUGCUGCAUAUGGCGGCUACAUCACCUGCAUGGCAGUUCUCAUGGAGAACAACGCUGAUCCAAAUAUUCAGGACAAGGAGGGGCGCACAGCUCUCCACUGGUCAUGUAACAAUGGCUACCUGGAUGCUGUGAAACUGCUGGUGGGCUACAAUGCCUUCCCUAACCACAUGGAGCAUACCGAGGAGAGGUACACACCCCUGGACUAUGCUCUGCUCGGGGGGCACAGUGAGGUGACUCAGUUCAUGCUGGAGCACGGCGCUCUGUCCAUAGCGGCCAUCCAGGACAUCGCUGCUGCCUCCAUCCAGGCCGUCUACAAGGGCUACACCGUCCGCAAGGCAUUCAGGGAGAGAAAGCAGCUCCUCAUGAGGCAUGAGCAGCUGCGUAAGGAUGCAGCCAAGAAACGAGAGGAAGAACAGCGGAGAAGGGAGGCCGUGCAGCAAGGUUCAGUGUCUGCUGCAGAGAAACUGAAGGUUUCACUGGUGAAAGUGGAGCAGGAGAAGCUGUCAUUAGUGAAGAUUAUAGAGGACCUAUCCCUGAAUGACUCAGUGGUGGAAACCAAGAAAUCAUCCAAAGCUGAACACACAAAAAGCAAAGAGGAACGGCACAAAGCCCACAAGAGCAGAUCCUCCAGAAGAAGUAAAGCAACCGAAUCACAUGAGGCUCCUGAAACUUGGAGCCACCACAGUCAUGUGACUAGCGACGCUGUACCUGGUGUGCCGCACUCCAUUGGGCUGAAGGAACUUCUCUCACCUGUCAGCUGCAGCCAGCCACCCAGCCUCAAACCAAGACCCCCCUCCAUGCCCAAAAUCAGGGAAAGAUCUUACUCAGACAUUCCUUCCUCAGUUAUCUCCACUAUGGGUCAAACUGAGGUUAGUGCCAGAGAAUGCAUCCCUUUAAAAAAGAAAGACACUCACAUGAGUUUGCAGACUGUCCCCGGAAAGACUCGCACCUCUCCACAAAAGCACAGAAACCAAAAUUUCGAGAGGGUUGCUACCAAAGACCAAACUCGCACUCCCUCAGUAAGAAGCAGUUCAUCUUUAGACCACAGAAGCUCUUUGAAAAAGACUCAGUCUGCCAGUCAAGCACCCAUCUCAACACGCACACGCAGGGGAUACGACAAAGAACAGCGCAGGAGGAACGAGGCUGCACACAUCAUCCAGCAAGCCUGGCGAAGCAGGUUUCACACACGCAGACGGAGAGAGGUUAAGGCCCAGGAAGAGGGGAGGUCAAGUGAUUCAAACCACACCCAUAACCGGAAGAUGGAAAUCAGAGCUCCACCUGCUAAACCAGCAGCGAGUAAGAGCUCAAUGCUCCAAAGUAUCUAUGGCAACUCCAUGGCCCGACGAGGGCGCUCACUUCGGGGAGCACAGUCUCAGCUGCGCCUGGAUCUGCCGCUACGCACACAGAGCCAAUUGAGUGGUAUAGACUGUGUACACCUGACUGAUGUGGUGAAUCAAGCCAAGCAGUACUCUUACCACCUGAGACCACAGAGCGCUGGACAGGGGACCAGAGGCCGGGGAAAACACUGACAUGACACACACACACACACACAUCUCAUGUUCUUUGAUUUCUCAGCUAGCUGGCAGCCUUACCUCUAUAGAAUUACUAUACACAUUGUUCAGUCAAUGUGCCAAGCUUUCUAAAAUUAAGCCAUAUGACAUCAGAGCCAUGACCUCAAAGGGAGGGGUUAAGUCUACAGAAAUGGCGUGUGUAAAAGAUAACCUUUCAUCCAUUGUGGAAGGAACACAUACACACUCCAUCUCCCCCGUUCUCCACUGCUCCCGUAUACACACUGAGAUAACCUUUCCUCCUGCUGUGGAGAAUGAGGCAGUCUAUCAACAGCCGGUCAUACAGAUAGGCCACCUGCAGCCACACACACACACACACACACACGUUACUUUCUACACAUUAGUCUGGGUUUCAAGUGCUUUCCCUCUCAAGAGAAGAUAUAUUUCUGAGCUAUGCAGGUUUUAUUUACACAAAAAUAAUCCUUACUGUGUAAUUUUAUGUGCCUUAUGUUUUCUUGCUUUUUUAUUGUAU